UUCUUCCUGACAGUUUAAAACCGUUUCACCGAUUUUUUACCUCAGUGUCGUUUGUAUGAUCUCUCGAGACUCGUUUGUAACCCGUCGCUUGUCAAACCAGACCUAAAUUUACAGCAACGCCCGGCUCGUGAAUAUUAAUUAUUAAAGCCACGCCCACGUUCAGCUAGCGCACUGCUACGUAGCCUAAUUAAUAUUUAUAAGUCAAUCCUUAGGAUUCGUCGUUCGGAAACAGGACAGUUGGCUCGGAGCCACGCCCCGUCCUCAGCUGCAUGGAUGUUUGACUCCAACAUCUCUGAUCAAAGACCACAGGGAGGAAGAUUUGACCUCGGACAGGACGAAAACAUCUCUUUGCGGAGAAAGAUCUAGUAGACUGAAUUAAUAAUGGCAAACAGAGGACCCAGUUAUGGGCUGAGUCGUGAGGUCCAGGAGAAGAUAGACCAGAAGUAUGAUCCAGAACUGGAGUCUCGACUGGUGGACUGGAUUAUAGCACAAUGUGGAGGAGCUUUAGAGAGACCACAGCCAGGAAAACAAAACUUUCAGAACUGGCUAACGGAUGGCACUAUCCUCUGUAGGCUCAUUAAUAGUCUGUAUCCGCGUGGUAAGGAGCCUAUUAAGAAGAUCCCAGAGACCCAGAUGGCCUUUAAGCAAAUGGAAAAAAUCUCCCAGUUCCUUCAGGCAACGGAAGCCUAUGGAGUAACCACCACAGACAUAUUUCAAACAGUGGACCUGUGGGAAGGAAAAGACAUGGCUGCUGUCCAAAGAACUCUGAUGGCUCUGGGUAGCGUGGCACUCACGAAAGACGAUGGACAUUAUAGAGGUAACCGAGACUGGUUUCACAGGAAGUCUCAAGGCAAUCGGCGAGAGUUUUCUGAGGAGCAGUUGCGCCAGGGCCAAAAUCUGAUAGGCCUGCAGAUGGGCAGUAACCGUGGAGCAUCUCAGGCCGGCAUGACUGGCUAUGGCAUGCAUCGCCAGAUUAUGUAAAACUAUACCACUGCCCAACAACUUGCCUACAACAGCCAGAAGACCUUAAACCGGCCAACCUCAGCCCACAUUGAGCAGUUUUUCCUCUUGAGUAUCUGAUGGUGACAUGUGUUUGUUGAAAAAGAGUAACGUAUAAGAACAUUAUCCUAUACCAUUAUAAAAUUAUAUAAAGUUCAGCAUUGAACUAUUACAUGAGCAUGCUAGUUGUAUUUUAUUUUUGGUUUGCUCAACUUGUUAUAAAAUAUAUUUAUUUAUUUGUAAAUGUAUGUUAAGCGAAAAAAUUUCCUAAAGUUUUAUUUAUCCACUAAACUUCACUUUAUUGCCUUAAUCUCUAUAAGCAACUGUAUUUCGAAGAACCAAAUAGCAAAGAGUUAAAAACAGUUUAGUUUACACAGUGUUUGAAAGUGCAGUAAUGCCAAAUGUUUGCAAACAACUGCAAUUUUGCCUUUUUGAUUUACAUUUGUUGUUAUACUGGGUUACGUAAUCAGCUUAUUUGCUGUUUAAUGGCAAAAAAAGGAAGCAUAAACAAAAAAGAAUCACUUCACAUACUAACCAGAGGUACUGUAUGCACAUUAAUUAAAUGUGUAUGUAUUGUUCAUUUCUGCUGUGUGUACAUUGCAAAUGAGUUUCUUAAUAAGCAGGUUUGUUUUCGUCAUCCUGUUUGGUUUAAGUGUUUAAUAAAUUGGUACCAUAAAAUGUA